AUGCAACACCUCACGCCCCUCGCCCUCCUCGCCGCCACUAUGGUCGGCUUCGCCGCUGCAGACAACUGCCGCCACGGGCUUUACUACUGCGGCAACGUGCUCCUACGCAAAGGAAACUACUACAACGACAUCGUCACCUCGCUAAAGGCCGCGAAACAGUCUACCGACUCUGGCCACGUGAACAACUCGCUCUUCUACUGUGCCGGUGACGACGAUGUGCCGUUUGUGCGGUACUGCAGCAGUGGAUGCGUCGAUGGCGGCUCCGGGAAGAGCGAUCACUGCUAG